AUGGGGAGCAAGUGUUAUUUAUCAGAAGCAGGAUAUACUUGCAUGGUAAACGAGCCAGUUAGUGACAUGGAUGAGAGUGAUGAUUCAUUUUCUAAAAUGUUAUAUAGUGAUAUUUCUAGUGAUUCUAAUGCAGACAUUUUGUCAGAGACUGAGCUCAGCCAAGGAAAUGAAAAUGCUACAUGUGAUUGUGAGAAAGCCCGCCUUCAGCAUUUUCAGUGCCCUGGGUUACCAGUAGAUAUGUUCACUAUGGCUAUAUAUGGAGGGAUGUUUUUAUUUGAAGACUUCCCCGCAUCAAUGAUAAUUUGUGGUAUUAUUAGUCAAGUUAUGCACUUUUUGGUGCUAAGAACUUUUCCCUUCUUUGAUUUAACAUCAGUUCCAUUCAUUGGAUCUAUAGCUUUCGUUGCUAUCAAUCAUUAUUUAGCAUUUAGGUAUUUUUCUUCCAUCUAUUAUCCAUUUUCUGAGGUAUUGGCAUACUUCACUCUAUGCUUGUGGUUAGUGCCAUUUUCCUUUUUUGUUUCACUUUCUGCAAAUGAGAAUGUUUUGCCAACUGUUGCAGAAACAAGACCUUUAACUUCAGAUGAAAGUGAUGUUGUUACAAAUUACUUUUCUCGUCGCAGCAAACGUUAUGGGCUUUUAUCAUUUUUUAAUUAUGCGAAGGAAAGCAUUUUGCCACAGAGAGUGAAAAAGGUUUUCUAAUUUUCUACAAAAUGACUUAAAUUGAAAUAAAUUUGCUUUGAUAUGAAAUGAAAUAAAUUUGCUUUGAUUAUUGCAUAAAUUAUGAGAUUUUGUGAGUUGAUGGAUUCUAAAUUUGCUGAUUUUUUAUUGUUUUGUGUAGUUUGUAUUACAGUAGAAGGCUAAUAAUCCACACAGCUUGGGACUUGAGGUUGUGCAUAUUUUAGAGUUAAAAAUAGUUAGAUUUAGAUUGAAAAAAGCUGGAAUACAUAAAAACACAUUCAUAAAAUAUUUUUUUUGGACAUUUUUAUGGAGACAAUGCAUAUAAUAUGUGUAAAAUAUUUGUAAUUUUAUGUAAAAUGAAAAUAAGGAUUUUUUAAAACAUUUUCAAACUUUUUUUUUUAAUCUCAGAAUUUUGUUUUAAAACUUAAAAGAUAUUCUAGUUUGAAGCUUUUGUUUUAAAUUAUAGAAUCAUAAUUUCUUUAUCAAUUAUAUAAUUUUACUGUUUCUUUUCAUUCUUACUUUAGAAUAAAAUCACGAGUUUAUGUAGAACCUACCAUCCUGAUAUGGCAAAAAGAUCUAUUUUUAGCUCUUAAUAAAAUUUUAAAUUCUCAAGUACUGUGUUCUUUUUCAAUUAAAAUAACUCGUGUUUUAUCUUGAGCUAGGGGUAGAGUUUUGAUAACUUUUGACAAAAUAUUUACUUGGCAGUGGUUCUGAAAGUGAAUAAUAAACUUGAUUAGCUUGCUUCAAUUCUGAAGGAAGGAAAUGUAUUGCCAGUAAUGGCCGCAUAUUGCCAACAAUCACAAAAGCAAUUUGUGUACUCCCAACUAAAGCACAGUUAUACAUAGAGAUACAUAGCCUAUUAUUUAAAUUCAGACGCUUCUUUUUUUAUUAAUUUUUUGUUUUUUCUAAUCAGUAAGCAGUAGAAAAUCUCUUACAUGAUCGACUUAUUCUUUUCCUGUGAUGUCAAAUACUGCAUACUUCUGAUUUUUGACUCUAAAUUUUUUUAAUUCUAAUUUAAGAAUUAAAAAAAUUUGGCUGGUGGAUUUUGUCAUCUACUGUAUUUAAUUUUUAUGUUCUUGUUUUUUCUUUACUUAGUUGAAGCAGUUGUCUUCAAACUUGGUUUUUGCAAAGUGUGCAAAAUGUUCCCUGUUUUUGUCGGGGAAAAUGAUUAUGUAAAUUAUCGACAUGAAAAUCUUACUUACUUGUUGUAAAAUAUUGACAUAAGAGUCUUACUCACUUGUGAAUGUGAUAAACUGUAAUUAAAAACAAGUUAUUAUUUCUGAAUUCAAAUAAUAGCAUUUUAAAUUAAUUUUUGAAAUACUCAAUGUUAAUUAAAAUUUUAUUUUUCUUGUACUAGCAUCAUAAUGUUUU